AUGUUCAAAAAUCUCCCACUCCUCCCCAUCUUCCUCGUCCCUCUCCUUGCAUCCCCAACUCCUGAACCUCUAACAACAACCACCCUCUCCACCGAUUACACAUCCCAAGGCUACCUCCUCGCACUCAAUGCAUCAGCUCCUUAUUUCACAGGUGCCGGCCCCAUCAGCGGUUGUAUAACCUCGCGUUUUACAUGGACACUAGAUACUACUUCCUGUGGUCUCUUCGACGGUACACGCAUUGUAUAUAAUAAAAGUAUCGGGAUGUGGAUGUAUGUAUUUGGGAGUGAGGAGGGAAUAUGUGGAUUAGUGGAGGGUGGUCGCGUAACGUGUUCGGAUACGAAGAUUGGGAGUUUGGGGAAGUGGAGCGCGCCGAAUUCGACAGUCUCUGGUGUGCCGUUGUAUAUGAUGGGAUGGGCUAAUUGGCCUGUGGAGAAAUGGCCGAGUUAUGGGGUUGAUGUGGAUGUUUGGAAUACUUUGGUUGAUAAUCCUAUGCCGGGAGUUUCGUUGGAUGGUUUUGCGAAAUCUUUUAGUCUGAAGUGGAAGGCUCUGUGA